AUGUCAGAACCGUGCACUGGCCAUGGCCUCCAUCUUUCUGGCAUUUUUGCAGUCGAAGAACAGGAACAAAACUACAAGGUUGAAUUCCGCACUUUUUCCACUAACAUAAUUUGUGGAGGCGACAACACCGACAAAGAGGUUCAGUACGAGAUUCGAGCCACCGGUUUCAGCAACAAAGAACUCAUGCUCCUGCCUAAGCAUGUUUACUUCCUGCGUGGAUCCUUUUUCCCUACCAAUACCAAGGAAACUUACGAUGACGAGCUGUUUUUUGAAGGUUCGGAUCGCGCCCUUAUUGGUACUGUGGAAACCUUUUCAGAAAGUGUUGCGGACAAAACUGGUCUUACUGGGAUUGGCCGUGUGCUAGAAGUUGACUUCUACGUUGAAGAUCACAUGCAAUAUCUGAAGUGUAACUCCAAUGAGCCUGAUAAAAUUACCCUAUACGCAAUCGUGGAGCACUGCGAUUUUCACCCCGAGACCAAGGAACCGACCUCCAUGCCCGUUGAGUACCGUAUUCCGCCAUUCAAGCAUCUUGGAGGCUUGCCUCAAAUCGUGAAACCUGGGCGCGAGUGCCAAUUCCACGGUCAUGUGAAGGACUUUAACGAAGAAACAAAUCGCUACAUAGUUAUUGUCAAUAAAGUAGCGCCGACUUCCAGCCAUCUUGAGUCCGCGGGGCGUAAGAAAGCUGUAAAAGUGGGGAGUCAGGCUCCUAAUUCUCGCCCCAAACCGAUCAAAUUCACCUCACGAGCUGCGAACACACCGUUCAAGUCACCAAUCACGGCUUCGGGUUCCGGUUCCAGCACUCCUUUUGGCCUUUCGGAUCAUACUCCACCAUCCGUCUCAUCUGGUGUGGAAAAAUCUAACCCGGCGGAACCUACUUCACAGCCACCGAAGAAGAGGGCUCGCUCUCAGCCCAAGAGAAAGGCAACCAAGGUGAUUGCUCCAGGGUCUGAAGAGCUCUAA